GUCAUAUGCUACGAACCAUUGGGGGCUUAUUAGGGUUAUCGAGAUGUAGAUGCUUAGGGAGAUGUGCAGCGGUGCAUCCUGAUGAACUAAGAUUCCAUUUUGAGAAACCCGAUUCUGUAAGGAUACUUAGCAGCGAACUCAAUAUGGAUCGAAAAUUUAGUAUGUUCAAUGCAAAUAAUGUUGAAUGAAAAUAAAGAAUCACUGGAUAGUUCGGAAUGCAUACAAAUGGUACGGCUGUGUUCGGAAUUGCAUCUACAAUGCAGAACGUACCUCACAAUUAUUCGAACUAAUCUCGAAAUAGAUAAUGAAAAUACCGAAAGUUCUCAGUCGGAAAGCGAUAUCGUUUGUGCUUUAAGAAAACUUCAUGCUCUGUUGAACUCGGGUUUUUCUUCAAGGAUUAAAUAUUUGUAUUCGAUAGCAGGUGAUUAUGAUUUCGGCUCUUUGCGGGCGAAUGGCAUCCGAAGCUUUUUGGCCAUCACUACUAGAUGCUCUGCUGUUCUGCUGAUGUACAUUCGGCAAAUGAGUUCAUAUUCCCUUUCCAACUGGCGAAUUCGUAAACUAUUAAAACCUUUUAAAUUUUUUCUACGACUCAUCCUUAAGUGAAAUUACGGUUGUGGAACUACUAUAAAGGUCUGGUAUAACACAUAAAAGCGUGAUAGCAUAUAUCAAUUGCCUUAUGGAGCUCAGUCUGUGUCUUGAAGUUCUUAGUUAUCUACCACGUUUCACUAAACCUUGUACGCUUUUCCCUCGAUCUGAGUUCGUCGAUUUGCCGGAAAUUGGACAUUGUGAUGUAAGCAGUUUUGAUGAUAAACCGACAAAUAUUACCGAUGCAUAUUCUACUGUCAAAUCAAAACAGCAUCAAGAAGAUCUUUCAGAGUUCUACCGACUAGAAGUCCUAUCAGACAGUAUAAAACAAGAAUAUUUUUAUGGUCGUUGUCUAGCCUUUUACUUAUGCCCUAGUGCUCAGAGAAUUUUGCUGUUCCUCAAUUCGUUUAUGGCGGGAUAUGGUAAUAGCUUUUUGACUAGCAAACAAGGAAUUGUCAGCUUAGUCAACACAGUUUAUCGGUCCGUUACUUCUUACUUAUCCCCUGAAGACCGCGGCAAGAUGCUGGCAAAGCUUACACGAAAUUCCAGUGUUCAAUUUUGUAAAGCAUUUUGGAAUUUAGCAGAAUUACGUGUAGUAUCUGAAGCCCCCAAUGUAAUUCUACCUUCCAUGGCUGUAGCUCGCUCUUUUAAAUUACAAACAAAAUCGCUAAAAAUACCUCUAGAUAUGAAUAUUCGAGAAAACGGAAGAGAAUUCAUUGUAAUAGAACCACCAAAAUCACAUUUUGGCACUGCUCCACUAGGAAUGCGUAUAUUAUGUCGUCAUCUUAGAUCUGGUUUAGAAUGGACUCGGACGUCUGAAUCUCCUAAAUUUUUUGAAUCACCUAACUGUAUAAACCAAUCAAAUCAUCACUCAAGCAGAAAUUCAGUAUCACCAUUACUAUCGUACAAUUCACGAUUCUUUCCAUCCAACGAUUCGUCAUCUGUUGUUUUAUCAAGUUCAAAUGAUCGUCGUUAUUCGUACGAAAGUUUUAAAUUUUCAAAUACUUCAACUGAUAAUAAUACAAAUAAAUCACCUUAUAUAUUGUUUUAUGUACACGGUGGUGGAUUUAUUGCUUUAACAUCUCAGUCACAGGAUAACUUUCUACGUAUAUGGGCCGAACAGUUGAACUGUCCAAUUAUAGCUGUUGAUUAUUCACUUUCACCUGAAGCGCCUUAUCCACGUGCAUUAGAAGAAUGUUAUUAUGCCUAUUGUUGGAUAACAUUAAAUCGUGAAAAAUUAGGUUGUACAUCAGAUGCGAAAAUUGUUCUUGCUGGUGAUUCUGCUGGUGGGAAUCUGGCACUGGGUGUUUGUAUGCGCGCUGUACGAGAUGGCUUACUUAAUAAACCAAAUGGGAUAUUUUUGGCUUAUACGCCUGUAUUGGUUUCUUUUACACCAUCUCCUUCAAGAUUAUUAUCACUUUGUGAUCCCCUACUUCCUAUUGGUGUUCUUGCUAAGUGUUUAUUGGCUUAUGCUGGUAUAGACGAAGCAACAUUGGAUUCCGAUGAACUUGAUGAUGAUUUCGAAGUUGAUAAAAAUCCUUCAAACUUAACAACUGAACCAAAUUCCCCAAUAUGGUCUCGAUUAUUUUCAACACUUUGGUCUAAUCCAUCGAAAUUAGAUUUAAAUAAUUCUAAAGAGUUAAAAAUUGGACAUUUACGUCGAUAUUCAAACAUAACAAUGUCUCCUUUAUAUGAUGCUUAUUUGCAAAAUCCAAAAGAUCAAUCUGUGCCGUCUAAUUUAUGUCGGUUAAGUGAAGAAUCUCACUCCUCACAUAAAUCCCCAAAGUUGAAUAAAUCAGAGAAAGAUAAAAGCCCAGACCAUAAUGAGGAUGAAUGUACACCAAUAUUGAAGCAUCCACAUCGACCCCGAACUGAUUUGAACCGUAUUCGAAAUAUUCAUUUAACUCAGAAUGGAUUCAUGUCACCGUACUUAGCGUCAGAUGAUAUGCUACGUGGAUUACCUCCUGUUGUUUUUGUUUGUUCACAAUUCGACCCAUUUUUGGAUGAUGGACUAGAGUUAGCUAAACGUCUUUCUAAACUUGAUGUCUCAGUAGAUGUACGUGUCUUAGACAAUUUACCUCAUGCAUUUCUUAAUUUUUGUCUAUUGGGUCCAGAAUUCCAAAUUGCUAAUAAGAUUUGUAUUGAAUUAGUAAAAAAUUUAUUCAAUGAAUAUUAUAUAAAAAAUAAUGAAUAAUUUAUUACUAAAAUACUGAUUAUCUAUGCGCCUCAAUUUCUCUCCCUUGUUAUCAUACUACUUAGUACUUUUCAUAUUAAUAGUAGCUGUGAUAUCCAAUGUUAUCUCAUUUCAUUUUUUAUUCUCUUCCUUUUUCACAUCAAAUAAUCAUACAACUUUUAUUUACGCUUCAUCAUCAUCAAUUGGAUUGUCUAUUCUCAUUUUCAAUUUGUACAUUCAAUUCAUGUACAUACCCCAUAUACAACAAAAGUACAUCAACAACACCCAUGUUUAUUGUGUUCUUUCAUUUCUCUUUCUUUUUGACUUUAUCACUUCUGUAAUGCAAAUAAUUUCAGUUAUUUUGUAUGUAUGUAUGCAUGUGUACCUUUUACAGAUUCAUUAUUAUUAUUUUGUUAAGUAAUUUAUCACCAGAUUACUUAUUUUUUUGUUUUUAAAAUUCAUUCUUAGUUAUUUUGUUGUUGUUUUUGUUUCUCUAGUUUAUUUCCUCUUUUAUCGUUUGUUUUCUCUUUGUUUUUUCUCUUUUGUAUGUAUAUUGUUAAUAUACAUUAUUAUUAUGUUAUUAUUACAAGUACUACUCAUCGCCUUUCAAACGUAGCUACGUUAUUCAAAUAUGUUUUUUUUGCUUUACCCUUUUAUCUUAUUGUUGCAUAUUAUUUAUUUAUUUUGUUUGGACUACUCUAAAUCAUGAUUUAAAAGUUGAAUAAAAGCGCUAGUUGAAGUCAGACAUUAACACCGUUGGAUGCCGCCUCAGUGGUCUAAUGGUUAAGCGCUCACGCGCGAGACUGAUAGGUCCUGGGUUCGGAUCUCGCGAGGGGGAUCGUGGAUGCCCACUGCUGAGGAGUCCCAUACUAGGACGAAACGGCCAUCCAGUGCUCCCAAGUUUUCCAUGGUGAUCUAGCUUUAAUUGACUCGUGAUUUCAACUAUUGAAAAGCGCUAACAUCAUUUAAAUGAGAGAAAAAAAGAUCGUAUCAUAAUGUUUUAUAUUAUUGAAUAAAUUUAUUUCUUAUUUUGUUCCUUCGAUCAAUGUCUCACACUCAUUGUAAAUUAUCAUGAUCAUUGAAUGAUAGUUUUAUCUUUUUGAUUUUAUUUAAUCCUAAAUAAUAUGGAUCUUAUCCUUCAAUAUCCUAUACGCAAAUACUUUACAUGAUUAUAAGUUAUAUUGUUGCGCUAAAAUUGACAAUUCUUCCUACUUAUUGAAAUUUUAUUAAUUAAAUGAAAAUAUACUCUAUCUUCAUUGAUUGUCAUCUUUUAUAUGGAUCAGGUAUAUGUGAAUUAGUAUCAGAAGGGGUUUUUGUGGAGAUUGUACUAAUUUCAGUAGUUGAGAUCAUGAGUUAAUUGAAGCUAGACCACGAUGGAAAGCCUGGAAGCACUGGAUGGCCGUUUCGUUUUGUUGUGGGACUCCUCAGUUGUGAGAUAGUAACUCACAGAUGACAAUGGUGAAUGUGUCGCUCAAUUUCGUGGAUCAGUUGAAGUUAGACAUUAACACCGUUGAAUACUGACUGGCUCAGUGGUCUAAUGGUUAAGCGGUCGCGCGCGAGACUGAUAGAUCCCGGGUUCGAAUCUCGCAAGGCGCAUUGAUGAGGAGUCCCACAAUAGAACGAAAUGACCGUUCAGUGCUCCCAGGUUUUCCAUGGUGAUCUAGCUUCAGUUGACUCAUGAUCUCAACUAUACGUGAAUCAUUUGGUCGUUAGUGAUGAUAAAAUCCUAUUGGAUAAUUUUAUUGAAAUCACGAGUUAGUUUAAUUUAGACAAGUAAUAGAUGACUGUUUGGUCUUAGUAUGGGACUACUCAGUAGUGCUCAUCCACAGUCAGGAAUCGAAUCUAGAACUUUCAGUCUCGUUCACGAAUGCUUAAGCUGUAGACUAGUGAGUCAGGAUCCAGUGGUCUAACUUUAAUCACCGCACGAUAUUGCACAACCUUCUUGCAGUAUCUUUGGUAGGCAACUGCUUCACAUCCAACACGGUUUAGCUCCAUUGGUCUAACUUGAAUCAGUUCGUGAUUUAAAUGAGAUUUAACAUUCUUCACAACCAUGUUGAACGAUAAUUUAGUUACUUUUUAAAUACAUGUUUAGCUAUAUAGUUGUAUCAUACUGGCAUCGGUUAGAUAGAAUUUUAGUUUUAAGUGUAUGGCAUUCAUUUUAAAUGAAAUAAGUAGUAAAUCAAGGUUGCAGUAGCGGUUGCUUUUAUUGAGAUUUUCCUAGCCAGUGAUAAUCGGUCAGUCAAACAUAAGUGGGAUAGAACUUGCCCUAUAUAUACAUCAAAUUGGGCUAUCACACCAUAUCAGUACAGCUAAAUGAAGUUAUUACGAUGAACACCAAAUAAAAAAUUGUAUCAGUCCUAGUAAGAAAGAUAAAGCAUGAAUAAUAUAAUUUAGGAGGAAUGAAUAAGUUUGUGGUGUGAAAGUUAUAAAAUAAUUCCAAAAUUCUGAAUCUAACUAAAGAUAAGGAGUGGAUGCGUCUGAGCUACUACAACCGGUUCUAAAACAUAUCACCCAAAGUGUUCGACCAGUGGUCACAGUAAUUGCGCGAACCGCAAUGAAGUUGUCUGAACUUAACAACAUGACUCAAAUCAUUAGUUAGUAACUUCAUAAUCUGACGUCACAUUUUAGUUCGCUUCCUCCUACCUUUCAACCCACUACACUAGUGCAUAAAUGUAGUCAUCUCAAUCGAUAAAGAUUUACAGUCUUAUCGGCUGAUUCGUUAUCUUUACCCUGAAUUUCUAAAGUUUUUG